CGCGUCGUCCUGUAAUGUCUUUAUAGCGGUUUCCUCAUCAUAUAGUUCGCCUUCACUUUCUCCAUUUAAUUGUCUUUUCUCUUCCUUUUCUUUCUCCAUGUCUUAUUAUUAAAUGGUUUUGAUCUUCCAACCAGAUCUCUUCGACAAACCCUUUUCUCUGGGUUCUUCGAAGAAAACGUUAUUACAAAGCUCUUUCCUCUCCUUUCCGUUUCCUGUCAUUGUCUUCUUCUCCUGUCAUGCCUUUGCCUUGGAAGAAAUCCAAAUCUGGUCGGAUCUCCAAAUUCGUAUCGGACCUCCAACAAUCUCCCAAACACGGUGGAUCUCUCGUCGUAGAGACUGGUUUCCCAACUUCUCUCAUCGAUCUCUUCGUCAAGAAUCGCGAUCGUCUCAAGAAAUCUUCUUCCAAACGCAACAACAAAGCCCCGACACAAACACGACCGCGUGUUUUGUCUCCGCAUCUUCCUCAGAAGCUUGAUCUAGCGUCGGUUACGGAGGAUCUCGCGGAGAGUAAUAAGAUCGAUGAAAGUUUGGUUGGCAUAACAUCGGAGAAUAAGCACGACGGUGAUAACAACAACAACGAAUGCGGGAACGGCGGUGAUCGCGGGGGAGGAUGUUGCGUUUUGAUGGUGGUUGUGGUUAAGGUUUUCCUGGUGGCUGUGCUCGCCUUGAGCACGAAGAAGCUAGCCGUGGGGAUCACUAUCUCCGCAUUCGCCCUCCUCUUCCUCGAGCUCGCCGUGGCGCGUGUAUUCACACCCGACACGCGGGUUUGGUUCCAUUCGUUGUUUGGGAAGCUCAUAGGGAAGAAGAAGCGUGAAGAGAAGGUAGAAGAAUCAUCAACAUCAUCGAUGCAAGAGGGAAAGGACAACAAGGUCUCUUUUGAAAUCGUCGAAACCUUCCAAGGCUCAAGAGAUUGCGUUGAGGAAGUUCAAGUUUCUCCGGAGGAGAGAGAUGUGGUGUUAACGAAGGAGAAGAGUAAAAGCGCGAAGCUUAAGUCCAAGAUUGUGAAGAAGUUGAGGAGUUAUAAGAAGAAGAAGAAGAAAUUGAAGAUGAAAGAAAAAGAAGUAGAGGUAGAGUUGGUUCAAGAUGAUGAUGAGUCUAUGACUGAAGUGUCUAGUUUGUAUUCCGAGGAUAGAAUCGAGAGCAGAGAUGAGACUGGUUCGAAUCCGGCAUUGCUGGAGAGCUGUGAAGAAGAAGAAUCUGGAUCGAAGGGGGAUCUAACUAAAGUGAUUGUUCUGCUAGUGAUUGCUCUUGCUGGAUUGUUAAGCGGGAAAGUCAUAUCUAUUGUUCUGACACUCUCCUGGUGUCUGACUCUGAGACUUGUCUUCUGCAAAUCUCAAACUAGUCUCUGAACACAUCAAAAGUAAAAUAUUUUUUGUUGUGUGUUUUCGUGGCAGUGGUGGACCCUACGGAACGCCGUGGUGACGGUGUUGACGGUAGUGUGGUUGUUGGGUAGUUCGAAGCUAUACAAUUUGUUUGCUUAUGAAACUGGGUAAAUAUUUUGACAGAGAAUAUUGUUUAUUAAUAAGUUGGUCAAUGAGUCAAAAUUGUUGUUUACCGCGAAGGAAUAAAAGAAUUGAAAGUAUCUUAUAAAAUGGUGGUUGUUCAUAAUGAAAGGCAGAGCAUUAAGGUUUGUGUCGGCCAGAAAAACAAUAUUGACGGAGACACGUGAAAAUGUACAUCAAACAUGUGAAUAAGUUUUGUAAGUUUAUUUUAUUUUAAUUUUGUGAAGGAGUUUUGUAAGUUUAUGUAGCGAUAUUGAUGGAGACUGGUGAUGACAUGAC